AUGAUGGUGGAAGAAGGAAUAACCAUUAAGCUCUCACAAAAGGGGACUAAUAGUGGAUAUGCUGCUGGAAUUGGUAAUGCUACCAUUACUGUCAAAAGGGAUGAGGAACCAUCUGGGUUCUACAGGUAUACUCAUCAAGAUAAUGAUUCAGGUGGAGGAAAUAAACCAUUCACACUUUCAAAAGUAUGGGAUGAUCAGAGUAGUCCUAUUCCGGGUAUUCCUCCUAAUGGACCUGAGAGUGUGAUCUCCGUUUCUGCCUAUUACUGGAAACAUGAAAGACCCAGCCAUACACCUACUAGGGUUCUCGUGGUAGGAGUUACCAAGGAUAAAACUACCUAUUAUGCCAAUGUAAAGAAUAAUGGUAGUAAUGAAUGGACUAUACUUAAUAGCGGUUCUAAACCUCAACUCAUAACCGGUGAUAUUGAAAGGACACUGGAUGACUUAGUCUGUUCGAACUAUGGUGGAGUAACAAUUGACCUUAGCAAGAGUACGUCCAUGAGUGGUAGAGCUAGUAAUGGAGAACCAUAUUGUUGCCGUUGUAUUUACCAUGGUGAUAAUGACAAUCAGCGGAGGAUAGCUAUUCAGAAACUUAAAGUUCCAGUUGCCUCUACUGUUGAAUACUACAAACACACAAUUAUUGGUAAUCAUGAACUUGCAAGGAUAAGGUACUAUCUUACUUUUCCUAAUAAUCCUACUAGUACUGAUACUAAUAAUUCCAAGAAUAGAAGACGUAUAAAGUCCUCAAACUUCCUCUUCCCCAUGGAUGGUGUCAAAGCUGUCUAUGCAUUCCACUGUAAUCACAAUCCAGAGCUCAUAUAUGUUGAAGGUGGAGACAAAGUCAAAGGCUGGUACCAUAAGCCUACUAGUAGUGGUAGUAGCAGUAAUGGAGAUGAACAGUGGGGAGAAGUCUUGACUGAACUCAAAAAUGUGACACCAGAAAAAAUUAAUGAUUGCAAUAAUUGGAGUAAACUUGCUAAGGAAUUAACUUGUGCAAGUGAAGUAACAUGUCCUCCACUCUCACCUCAACCUGCUGUUGGUCUAUCUGGUACUGGUAAAGCUGAUCAAGAACCUGUUGCUGUUCUUCCUCCUUCUGGAAAAAUUACUAAUGAUCAUAGUAGAGGUACUCCUGGUGAUAGUGAUGGUAAAUCUGAUACUAAUCAAGGUGGAGCUCCUACUGUAGCUGAAGAUCCUGAAACUCCUAAAGAAUCUACUCAAGCUACUCAAUCUCAUGCUGAAACUACUUCUGCCGGAUCUGCUGCAACAUUCUUUGGAGGAUGGAAGCUUUAUAACCGCUAUAAGGGAGAUUCCUGGGUUAGACAGAUAUGGGACUUUUUGCUAUGCUUAUUGAUAAGAGUUAUGGAUUUAGCUUCAUCGAAUACUGACGGAGGAGAAGAUAUUCCUGACGAUUUAACGCAGUUAACUCACUUGCAUGAAGCAUCGAUCUUGCACAGUUUGCAUUGUAGAUUUAGAACUGAUAAAAUCUAUUCUCUUACUGGCAAAAUUCUUAUCGCCGUUAAUCCUUUCAAAACAAUUCAUGGGCUUUAUUCCAAUGAAAUGAUGUUAAAGUUCAUGGAUAAUACUCAAGACAAACCCCCUCAUGUCUUUUCUACUGCCAGCGACGCUUAUCAGGGCCUGACGUUGAACGAAAAAUCGCAGACGAUCCUAAUUAGUGGUGAAUCCGGAGCCGGCAAAACAGAAUCCACAAAAUAUGUGAUGAAAUAUUUGGCUACUGCCGGUGCAGAAAGUCUUGAAAAGAGGUCCACAGUUGAAUUGAAGGUUUUAGAAAGUAAUCCCCUAUUGGAAACGUUUGGUAAUGCUAGUACUAUUAGAAAUUUCAAUUCCAGUCGUUAUGGAAAAUUCAUAGAGCUGCAAUACGUUAAAACGGCUCCUGAUAGGUCACGUAUAUGUGGAGCUACAAUUGAAACGUAUCUUUUGGAAAAGGUUAGGGUAACUCAACAACAGCAAGGAGAGCGCAAUUAUCAUAUUUUCCAUCAACUAGUUGCAGCAUUCGCUGAGUCUAGAGUUUACGAGUUUCCAAAAUCUGAGCGUCAUGCACACUUGGAAAAGUGGAGUUUUGAUUUGAGUUAUUUUGAGGGUAAUUUCAGGAUCUUACCGGAGGAUAGCACUAGGGACUUUGAUUUAGAAUUUUUUGAAGAUACUAUAGCUGCUAUGCAAACUCUUGGAAUGUCGUUUGAUGAUGUGAACACUGUGUUCUCUAUCAUUGCCGCAAUAUUACAUUUGAGCAAUAUUCAGUUUGUGGUAAAUAGGGAUUGCUCUGAGGGUGCUGUUGUUAGUAACUCUGUGGAAGACAGUGCUACCAAAGUUACAGAAUUAUUAAAUGUGGAUAGUGCUACACUUCUCAAUGUGCUACUAUGUCGCACGAUUAAAACAGCUCAUGAAUUUUACAGCAAGCCCCUCAGAGUAGAAGAGGCCUCUGAUGUAAGAGAUGCUAUUGCAAAGAAUAUCUAUUCAAUUCUUUUUGAUUAUAUUGUAAAAGUAGCUAACCAAGCAAUUGGUUAUAAUCCAGAUGCCAAACUCACUUGUGGCAUUUUGGAUAUUUUCGGUUUUGAAUGCUUUACACUCAACUCAUUUGAGCAGCUAUGUAUUAACUUUACCAAUGAGACUCUACAAAAUUUUUUCAACAAUUGUGUCUUCAAAUUUGAAGAAAAUUUGUACACUCAAGAAGGUGUUUCUUGGAAUCCUCUUGAUUUUCCAGACAACCAAGACUGUGUAGAUUUGUUCAAGAUUAAGGUAAAUGGCUUGUUUCCAAUGGUGGAUGAAGAAUGCCAACUUCCUGGUGGGAAUGAUCAAGCACUCUGUAAUAAAAUAUGCCAACGUCAUGCAAAUCACAAACGGUUUGCCAAAGUUAGGACUGAUCAAACUAGUUUCAUAAUCAAGCACUUUGCAGGAGAAGUCAAGUACAAGAUUGACGGAUUUUUGGAAAAGAAUAAGGAUCAGCUCUCUGAUGAUGCUAUAAACUUUAUUAUAAGUACAAAGAACAAACCGAUCAAGGCAAUUUUUGAAUCAUACUUUGGUGCAAUAGGACCUACAAAAAAUAAGAAAAAGACCAUUUCCACCCAGUUUUGUGGCCAGUUGGAUGUGUUGAUGAGCAGAAUUAGUGGAACUGAACCUCACUUUAUCAGAUGUAUCAAGCCAAAUCAGAGAUGUGUACCGCAUGAAUUUGAACGUGUUUCUGUAAAUGAACAGCUUAGAUGCGGUGGUAUGCUCCAAGUUGUACAAGUUAGCAGAGCUGGAUAUCCUGUUCGUAUGAAACAUUUGGAAUUCUACAACAAAUUUAGAUAUCUCCAGAAUGGAUCCGGCACUGAUUCUCAAAGUCUUUCUCAAGAUGAUGACGUAGCUACUAAAAAGGCAAAGGCUCUUUUGGAUACACUUAUCUCCAAAUUUAUUCCAUAUGACCCCUUCGAGAACGGAAGCAUUGCCUUUGGUAAAAGCUUGAUAUUCUUCAAAAAUGGACCAUACGAUAUUCUAUUUGGAGCCUUGCAAGAAUUUAGAAAUAAUUCUGCAACGAUUAUACAAGCACAUGUGCGCUGCAUGAUCCAAAGGAAGUUAUAUUCAGAAUGGAUGUUCCAGAUUAGAACCUUGCAAAUUUGGCUUAGAUACAAAAUUAACAGAAUAAAGGAGAUGAGAAGACUUCGAAACGAGGCUAUUUUGCUCAUCCAAAGUAGUUUUAGGAUGUACGUUUGUAGGAAAAAAUACACGAAACUCGUUUCUAUCGUUGUCCGUAUUUCUUCAAUCUUUAGAAGUGUACAAUCUCAAAUUGACACGAAAGAACGUCACAUUAACACAAUGGCUACAAAACUACAGGCUUCUUGGAAAGCGUAUAAGCAUAGAAGUUACUAUCUGGAACUCCGUACCGCAACAAUCAAAGCCCAACUUAGAUGGAGAAGCAUACUUGCACGUCGCCAAUUGCGUAGUCUCCGUAUGGAAGCAAAGAGUUUGGGUACUAUGAUUAAGAGAGUUCAGGAUCUGCAAGAGGAGCUAAAGGAAGAAAAACUCAAAAAGACUGACGCUGAGGCUAAAUUAUUGCAAAUGGGCGCCAAAGUUGCUGGUCUCCAACAAUCACUUGCUGACAUGACUGCCAAGUAUGAAAAACUUUUAAAAGAACGUGAUUCAUUGCAAAUUCAACUUUCAGAAGUUGAGAAUGCAAACAAAAGAACCCUAGAGGAUCUCAAGAUGAUUAAGGAAUUUGUCAGUAGAGAGGCAAUGCAGACAACUUCGUCGCCGAAGCGAAUGUACUCUAAAAGGCCUUCAGGCUCUAUACAUCGCACAGAUACUUAUUCUUCUCAUGAUAUGAGAGGGGAGGCAAGUCCAAAGGCAAAAGUGCCCACAGUUGACAUUAUCCUUUGUGGGCCAGCGGGUUGCGGUAAGAGCCGGCUAGUUGAGUUGGCCCUAAUAUCCAAAGGAGAUGAUGCUAAUUUGACAGCUCAUCGCACCUUUGAGGAGAAAAGGAUGGAAGAAACUAGCCUCAAGUUGAACAUUUAUGAAUUUGGGGUUGAAGGGUCAACUAGCCUAAAACUUGCAGAAAUUCCGGGUCCUCAUGUUAACACUGAAGAAGCGCGUGAUUUGUUCCAGGCUGCUUAUUUGGUUGCAGUAUGCUUUGAUCCGAGUCAAGAGCAAUCAUUACUUGAGGGAAUCACAAUCGCCAAGAUGUUAAUGUCACAUGUGCAACUCAAGCAGACUAGUGUUGCGUUUAUUCAAAAUGACUUUUUGCUUAUGGAACAGGGUAAAUCUGCAUUUGAUGCAAAUGUUGCACAAAAGUUUGCCAUCGACAAUGAACUCUUGUAUAUUAGGGUAGAUGAUCUCUUUACAUUCAUGAGAAAAGUGGCUCCAUUUGUGGAGUCUAAAAAGAGUCUCCGUUCAAUUAUAUCUUCAAAGCAAUCUGUGGAAUUUCAAAGACAAAAGAGUCUUAGAAAUGCGAAUAGAAGCACACUAACCAUGUUUUACGAAAAGUUUAGAAACUUUUGGUCUGGAGUCAAUAGUUCUAGCCACUCAAAACUUUUGCAACCGACCAUUGUUGUUGAUGAAACCACAAAGUUACCACCACUUUCACUCAAGAAAGUCUCUCACAUUUCGAAAUACACAAGUGCUGUAACUUGCCUAGCAAUAAGACCGGAGGAACCAACAGAUCCAUAUAUACUCUUGGCAGUUGGACGUAGGGAUGGAACAAUUAAUGUCUUCCACUGUUAUCGUACAACCACUGAAUUGGAUGUGUUGGCAAAGGGAGGAUUUGAAGAGGGAGCACAAUAUCCUCUUGAUGAAAGCACCAAAAUUGUGGAAUCAUUCACACUAUCCCUCCAUACAAAGGCGGUUACAUGCAUGAGUUUCUCAAAGGUUAAUGUUAAUGAACUUGUCACAUCUUCCGUUGACUGCACAAUUAGGGCCUGGAAUGUGAUGACCGGGGAGCUCAUCAAGGUAUUCAAUGACUCGUUCCCUGGUCUAUGUAUAUUAUUUCAUCCUCUGGAGCCAAAUUUGUUUAUUUGCUGUAACUCCAGUCCUACUAUUCGAAUUGUUGACUACAACAAGGGAACUGUUAUUCAAAAGAUACGAACAAAGAGCGAACUGAGAUGUAUUACGUUUGAUGAUACUAGGCUCAACUGUAUUGCGGGAAGUGAAAAGGGCAUGCUUUGUAUAUAUGAAUCUAGAGCUAAUAUGCAUCUAAAGGCAUCCACAAGCAAACAGAUUUCAAAGGGUCCUGUCACUUGUAUAAGCUUUGUACCUGCUACAUCAAAUGACAGUGUGCCCUGCCUAAUUGCAAAUGUUUGCAGUGGAAACAUUGCAGUUAUCAAUUGCAUAUACGAUGGAUCAAAUGGAAAGAUUUGCGAACUCACAUAUAGAUACACUGUCAAUAAUAGUCACGUUGCUCUACCACUCAGAUCGUGUUAUUCUAGAUUUGGAGGCGGAUGGUGCGUUAGCGGUUCGGAGGAUCGUAACAUUUUGUUCUUUUCACUUCAGGACGAAAACAUGCCUUACUCUAUAAACUUUCACCAAAGCCCUGUUGUCACGGUCGAAGUUAACCAACUAGACACUGUCAUUGUUUCUGCGGAUGCCAAAGGAAUUGUUGCCCUAUGGCGCCGAGUAACACAUGCAAAGUAG